AAACAUUAUUCAUCUCCAUGGAAUGGAUAGAAACUACACAGCUUAUAAAUGUAAAACAUCUUGCUGAUGGAGGUUGUGCAUCUAUUUAUACUGCUAUAUGGGUUGAUGGUUAUCCGCGUACAUCUAAAGGACUAAGACUACGAAGAGGACCAGUUAAAGUAGCGAUCAAACCUGUUAAUAUUUAUUAUUGUAGAGAGGAAGCAAAAUCAAUGGCAUUAAUGGAGAUUUAUUGUUAUUUUGUGCUAGCAUAUGAUAUGAACCAUUUACGUGUAGCCGAGGUUUUCGGACUUACGCUAAUCCAAACUGAACGUAAAUUCAUACCAGAAAGGUGCUGGCAUGAUGAUCCUGCAUGGCGCCCAAGUGCUAAAGAAUUAAGAGAUGUUCUCGCUAAACUUUUAAAUCCUAAAGUUUAUGUAGCAUGUCAAGAGGCAGAUGAGUUCAGGAAGAAAAACCCGGAACCGAUUUUAGAAGAACAAACUAUUCACACGAGCAAAUACCAUUCAUAUAUCGCCGAUUCUAAACAUGAAAU